AAAGAAAUUGUCACGCAGGUUUUUUUUUCGACUGUUUGCUUCUGCUCUGUUCUCUGCGGGCACUGUUUUCGAUGACGGGUACUAAUCAUGUACUAAUGUGAAUGAAAAGCUGGAUACUAAAUGAUUUUUCAAUAGAUAAUUUUAUUUGUUAUAAUAAAAUAUUAUUUUGGGAAGUUUAAACGCUAUCACAAAUCUCUCAUAAUUUUGAAUAUAUGCCCUAUAUAAAUGUAUUUAGAUUCAUUCUUUGGUUUGUUUAAAACAUUUUUCCAGAAUAUUUAGACUUUUUUUUUUUGUUUCCAUGUAUUUUUCUUCAUAAUCAUAUUCAAAAUUGUUUCGAAAGUUUUAUUCGAAGAGUAAUCAAAGGAUAGCAUCGAUAAUGAAUAAAGAGUCGGUGGAUCCUGGCAAUGCGUAGAAGGACCUUUGUCUUUAUUGUAUCUUUGGCCUUACUUUCUUGGGCAGCAGUUACUUAUCGUUUGUUUUUACAAAGGCCUCAAGGAAAGGUUCAACGGAGUGUGAAAUUUCACCAACAGUUAGAGCAGCUGGAGGUAGAAUUAAAAGACCAAUUGAAAGUAAACAAUGAACUCUUGGGACUUCUUAACAAUUUCAAAGAAAAAUAUUCCAAUAACAUCAAAAUUUUUAAAAAUGCUACACAUGACCUAAGGCAUCCAGAUUUUAGUAAUGUUGUAAUUGGUGUUCUAGUCUUCGCUUGCAACAGAGUGACUGUAAAGAGAAAUUUAGAUCAACUUUUAAAGUAUAGGCCUUCUGCACAUCAGUUUCCUAUUAUUGUUAGUCAAGAUUGUGGUCAUGAGCCAACAACAAGAGUUAUUCAGUCAUAUGGUGAUCAACUCACACUUAUACAGCAUCCAGACCAGAGUGACAUCCCCUUGUCCGGCAAAGAAAAGAAAUUUAAAGGAUACUAUAAGAUAGCACGCCAUUAUGGUUGGGCUCUCAAUGAGACCUUUUUUCGUUUUAAUCAUAAAAGUGUCAUAAUUGUUGAAGAUGAUUUAGAUAUUGCUCCAGAUUUCUUUGAGUAUUUCCUGGCUUCGUAUCCUAUUUUAAAUAAUGAUCCUACCCUUUGGUGUGUCUCAGCCUGGAAUGAUAACGGGAAAGAUAGUCUGGUGGCUUUUGAACCAGAAUUAUUGUACAGAUCAGACUUUUUUCCUGGAUUAGGAUGGAUGUUAACAAAAUCCCUUUGGGCGGAGCUGGCUCCUAAGUGGCCUAAAGCAUUUUGGGAUGAUUGGAUUCGUCAGCCUGCACAAAGACGAGAACGAGCUUGUAUCCGCCCAGAGAUUUCACGCACUAAAACAUUUGGGAAAGUGGGUGUUAGCAAUGGUUUAUUUUAUGAGAAGCACUUGAAGUUUAUUAGAUUAAAUGAAAAAUUUGUGCCUUUUUCAAAAAUGGAUCUCUCAUACUUAAAGAAAGAUAAUUAUGAUGUUGCUUUUGUUAAAGAAAUUUAUGGUGCCCCAUCAGUAACAUUGUCGCAGCUGCAAAGGGGUAGCAUAGAUCAUUCAGAACCAGUACGAAUAACUUAUGAAAAUAAAGAUGUUUUUAAGAAAACUGCGAAAGCUCUUGGCCUUAUGGAUGAUUUUAAGUCUGGAGUUCCUCGAACUGGUUACAGAGGUGUUGUCAGCUUCCUUUACAAAGGUCGUCGAGUUUAUUUAGCACCACCUGCAGAAUGGAAAGGUUACGAUCCCACUUGGAGCUAGCAGUUUAUAAAAAGAAUUUAAAUUAAGGAAAUAAAUCUCAUAUCAUUGCUGCAGAAUUUACAAAUGACCCUCUUGAAUAAAGAAAGGGAACUGUUGUAUGUUUUGACGCAGCAUUGGAAUGAUAAAACUUAAGCUACUGUGAUCUUCUUUGAGGCAUUCCUAUUGGCCCAAAUUGAAUUUGAAGCUGAAAAAAACAAAAUAAAAAUUAACUGCUGUACCUGUAGAGUAACAAUCAUCUUCCAACUCAUCAGCCACUAUUCAUGAUAUUCUUUGUUUUGUAAAGGCAUUAGAAUUAAACUUAUAAAAGAAUAAUAAGAAUGCAGGGUUGUUCUUAUAGAAAGAAUUAUUUUUCUCUCUGAACUUAAAAUAACAUUUGUUCUAAAAUAGUACAUAUCAGUAAUAUUUUGCCCUUGAGUGUAUCUUUUUUGCUUUGACCCUUAAAGUGUUGAACUCCUGUAUAAAAUUGUCUUGAAUAGGGAGCUGGAGCACUCCAGAGCUUCCAGGGAGCUGUAGCUCUGAAUUUUUCUGUUCUCCAGAAAAAAUUUAGAUUUCCUCUUUUUAAUAUUCAUUUAAAUCUUCUUUUUUUUUUUUUUAAGUAAAAUAAUGAAAGAUUUUUGUACUUUUAAUUUCUGGAUGAUAUAUUUUAUAUUGAUAUGUUUUUUUCUGGCAGUAUUUAUUUUCAUUCUGAUUAAUAUCUAAUAAUUAUGAGAUACUAAUCAUACUGUUUAUCUAAAAUUUAUUCUCAUGACUGAAAUACUAAGUUCCUUCUAAUAAUAACUAAUGCUCUUUUCUAUUUUGAUAAUUUCAAAUUAAAAUCCGAAAAUCAAAAGCGUGUAUAAAUAUAUAGAAUUACCAGAGCCUUAGUGAAAGUGGAGUUUUAGCUUAUUAUCUGGAAGUGGAGCAUUGAAAAUUUUUUGGCUAUGGAUCCCUGGUCAUGAAACUUCCUUGCAACACAGAACUUUUCCAUUGGGAAAAACCAGUUUUUUCAAAGCAUGAAAGCAACCAGCUGAAAAUUUUGAAAAUACUGGGACCAAUGCUCAAAGGGAUAAGUUAUUUUGUGUAGUUAUUCCCUAUUGAGCUUGAAAGCUUUUAUUUAUUUUUGUUGGUUUCAUAGUUCAGUUAGUUUACCUUCAACUUAGAAAUUCCAUUUUUACAAUUGAAAUGAACUAUAUUUAUUUAUUAGUGUUUAAUUAGAAUAUCAUAUUCAGUUGUAUUCUUAAUGAAUUUCAAAUUUACUUUUUUUAUAAAAAGUAAAUUGUGCUUUUGAACAUACGUUGGUCUCGUACACAUAUGCAUUGAUAAGUUAUAAAGAUAUAUUUUUGUUUUAUUUUGUGAAAAAUUGGUAUCAAAAAAUGUAUUAAUAAUCAUAGGUAUUUUUCUUUGCACUUGAAAAAUUUUAUUUGUUUACUUGUACUAAAUUAAAGAAAAAAAAUAUUUGAAGAGCUUAGUCAGAGAAUAUUAAACAGUUGUGUUUUGAAGAGAUUCAAUUUUCAAGCUUAAGAGCCCUCUUCCCUAAAAGUUUUGGAUUUUAAGUUUACUUUUUGUUUUCACAUCGUUUUUUGUUUUUGACAAUCUUUAAUAUCAUUUGUUUUGGUUUAUUUAAUUGAGAGAAGAACCACUUUAUAACUUUUAGAACAUUAUUUAAUUUUUUUUUCAAGAAUUUUAUAUUAUAUAACAAUACACUUAUUUUAAAAUUAGUUUCAGAUAGGCAAUUUAAUACUGUUCAUUUGUGCGCUUUUCAAAUUUAUUUUUGUUUAAACUGAGGAGAGCUAAUUAAAAAUCGAAUCAAAUGUAUUUUUCAAAAUUCUAAAAAAAAAAGCUAAAUUUACUUUUUUGAAAAGGGUUGUAGCAGAAUUGUAUUCUUAUAGCUUGUGUUGAAAAAUUCUCACGAAAUUCUGAAAUAAAUCCAGGAAUGACCUUGCAUUUAAUAUAUUUUGUAAGAUACUGCAGUUUAGAGUAAUUAUCAAUCAACAGUUAUUUGGGAAAUUGAAUGAAGAUGAUUUAAGUUACAUUUAACCUCUUCAAGAAUGAU